AGCAUCCAAGAUGGGUAUCGACAUCAAGAGGCACCACGUCAAAAAGGGCCAGCGUUCUGCCCCCAAGAGCGAGGACCCAUAUCUACUUCUCCUCGUGAAGCUUUACCGAUUCCUCGCCCGCCGCACCGACUCCAAAUUCAACAAGGUCGUCCUCCGCCGCCUUUUCCUGUCCAAGAACAACCGCCCACCCCUCUCCCUCUCCCGUAUCGUCAAGGAAACCACCAACACCCCCGAUCGUGACUCAAAAGUCAUCGUUCAGGUUGGAACUGUGACUGAUGACUCUCGGCUGACGGAGGUUCCCAAACUCUCGGUUGCUGCUCUCCGAUUCACCCGUGCGGCCAAGGAGCGCAUCAUCAACGCCGGUGGUGAGGCAAUCACCCUCGACCAGCUCGCCUUGAGAGCACCUACUGGUUCCAACACCGUCUUGCUCCGAGGAGUCAAGACUGCCCGGGAAGUCUACAAGCACUUCGGCAUGGGCCCCCACAAGAACAAGAAGCCCUACACCAUCUCCAAGGGCCGCAAGUUCGAGCGUGCUCGUGGUCGCCGAAAGUCUCGUGGUUUCAAGGUGUAAUUUUUGUCGUACACGAACCGAAUGCAAAACGGCGUCCAUCGCGUUAUCCCAUCGUUGGUGCUUUGUUUCGGCUGUGGCGGAAUGCCAUGCGGGAUGCUAUGUCUAUGCCACGACCCCCUCUACAUCACUCUUUCUGUAUGCACAUACGAAUCGAUAUGCAAGCUUGCCCGAGACUGGGUGCCCA